GAUCAGCUACAGGCUUUUCCAUGUCUUCCUCAACCUUGUUUCUUUUGUUGCCUACCCUUUCGAACCUGUUGGAUGUGUGGAGAACUCUGGACUUCAUGUAAAACUGCGACGGUCACAAACAAGCUGUGACCAUUAUAAUCUCAACAACGAUGAUCUUUCCGAUACUCACUAUACACACUCUCUCAUGAUAUCCUAAAUCAAUGGAGGUCAUGAAGCGGCUUCCUGAAGUGGGGAAACGAGUCAUAUGUUAAUAAGAAUAUGAAAGCAUGCGCAUUCCAGAUGCGUGAGACUAGCCUUACAGGGCUCGAACGACCUGUGAUCUGUAUGCCUCUCAUGUGGUGCAACAAUAGACAUCACCUUCGUCCAAGUCGUAUGUCAUAGCAAGUUGGGCAUCGUGAAGUUCAUGUCUAGUCCGCCACAUAUUCAGUAUUUGGGGGCGGAUAUUCCGAGCUGCUCACCGUUCUUUCAGGACUCCUCACAACUUCCUCGCUAUAGCGAUCUGCGCCUUUUUUCUGGUUUAUAUAGCAGCUGCUCCUAACACGGACCGUGAGAAGCUAAAAGCCCCGUGAGCGAUCCCAUGUCUAUUUAUUAACGCACAGAGAAGCAGGCGCAGGUCAAGUGCAAAGGGAACCCUGCCGGUGCAGGGUAUGAGCAGACUAUAAGAGAACGCCUUAUUGCCUGCACCUUCCCUCGUUCCACUGCUGAGUAUAGUGGAGUUGCACAGGAUGUCUGUUAAGAUUACCGGAUACAAGACUCAUGACAUCCGUUUUCCUACCUCUCUGAAUGGAGACGGUACGGAUGCCAUGAACACCGAUUGCGAUUAUUCGUCCGCAUAUGUCACUUUAUACACCUCUGCCGAUCUGGUUGGACACGGUAUGACCUUCACAAUUGGACGUGGCAAUGACAUUGUCUGCGCCGCGAUCAGGGAACUUGCAAAGCGCUUGGUUGGCAAAGAUGUAGAAGAGCUUUUUGCGAACAUGGGCAAGACGUGGGACUACCUAAAUGCAGACUCGCAACUACGAUGGAUUGGCCCAGAAAAAGGUGUUAUUCACAUCGCUUUUGGGGCCGUAGGUAAUGCUCUAUGGGACAUGUACGCACGAUCCCGAAAGAAGCCGUUGUGGAAACUUAUAGUGGACAUGACUCCUGAAGAGCUGGUACAGUCUACCGCUUUUCGCUACCUGUCAGACGUCAUCACCAAGGAGGAAGCCCUUGUGAUGCUCAAAGCCAAGGCCACCACGAAAGCCGAGCGUGAAGCCAAAGUGCGGGAAAUUGGGUACCCUGCCUAUAUCACUUCUGCAGGCUGGCUAGGCUACUCAGAUGAGAAAGUUGCUCGUCUUACGAAAGAAGCUGUUCAGGCUGGCUUCAAUCACUUUAAAAUGAAAGUUGGUGCAGAUCGUGAGAUGGACUUGCGACGGGGGAAGCUGAUUCGGUCGAUCAUCGACGAUCCUCAGUAUCUCCCUACCGGACAGCAGCCGAGAGACCUCAAUGCCCCCGAACUGGCUGGGAAGAACGCUGGGCCUACAGGUAGCGUGUUGAUGAUGGAUGCAAAUCAGGUAUGGGACGUCCCUGAGGCAAUUGACUAUGUUAAGAGUUUGGCCGAGCUCAAACCUUGGUUCAUCGAAGAACCUACCGCACCCGACGACAUAAUUGGACAUGCUGCCAUUCGCAAGGCGUUGAAACCAUACGGUAUCGGCGUCGCUACUGGAGAACAUGCGCACAAUAGAAUGGUCUUCAAACAGCUCUUACAGGCUGAAGCCAUCGAUGUCUGUCAAAUCGAUUCGUGUCGCCUCGCAGGUGUCAGUGAAGUCUUGAGCGUCUCACUCAUGGCCGCGAAGUUCGGUAUCCCAGUUUGCCCUCAUGCAGGAGGUGUUGGGUUGUGCGAAUAUACUAUUCACCUGAGCUUGAUUGACUAUAUUGUGGUGUCGGGCUCGAUGGAACGGAACGUUCUGGAGUUCGCUAAUCACCUGCAUGAGCACUUCGUUCACCCGUGUUCUAUCAGUACGAAAGGACGAUACAAUAUCCCAGACCAUCCCGACGGAGGCUACAGCAUCGAAAUGCACAAGUCUAGCAUCGAGCAAUAUGAAUGGCCUCACGGUUCCUAUUGGGUGAACGAGCACCCCAAACUUCAAGCUCAGGCACUGAGCCAAAGUGAGUGAGCACUGGUCGGUGUUCCUACUCGUCCUGCCGCAAUACAGCCAGCUUGUAAACAUGCAAAGGAGAACAAUGUCCACGGUAUAUGGGUGUGCAUUGUAUUGUUAUGCCACCUUAAAGAACGCAUUUUCUUCAAUUGAAUUUGUGAAGUUUGGAACGCGAUUCUGACAAGUGCUCCGUUCUCAUUCAUGGUCGUACUUACACUCUGCAGAAUUAUUGCUCGAUAUUGUUAAGCUUCAAGAAGGGACCUGCGAUGCUGAGCCUAUCUCUUUCUACACACCUUCCGUUGCAGACCAUUCGAUCCUUUCAACAUCGUGACUGCCGAGGCAGCGGCAUGCAAGCUUUGGCCGGGUAAGUCACACAAUGACUCGCGGUUGCACCCUCGGACCCACAAUGUAGUCAAAGUCCGUCUGCUUUCUCAGGGAGGACUUGUGGCGUUCGCUAGUCCGUUAAAGUGUCCACCACUUGACAUUGAAUGGAUAAUGUGACAUCAAAUAAGUAGUCCGUCUCGCCAUUAGAUCCUUUCGGCGCUUCUUUGUGUAUAAAGGCAGACUGCCACU